ACUGACUCGGAAUCGAAGAGCCCUCCAAUGGCGCCCAACUUGAUCGACUUGCGCUGGUCGCACGACCCGCGAACGCCCGACGCCGCUCUCAGCCAGCUCCGCGCCGACUGCGCCGCGCUGGGCAUCCAGGCGUUCGACAUGUACGGCGAUUAUGCGAACGAUGCGUCGUGGCUGCAGCGCUUCCAGGCCGAAGUGGCCGCGCGUUUGGGCUUCAACCGCGCCCUCUUUGUACCGUCGGGCGUCAUGGCCCAGAACAUUGCGCUCAAGGUCUACGAGGAAACGUCCGGUCGUCACUCGUUCGCUGCUCGGUACAACUCGCACUUGUUCUUGCACGAGCACGACGCGUACAAGCAUGUGCUCCACCUCGACGCGCGCGUGCUGCCCGCGAGCGCCGCCGACGUGCAAGCCGCCGCUACGUUCAACGACGUCAAAGCCAUUCUCGAGAGCGACGACCUACCCGCCGUGCUCUUCCUCGAGCUGCCCGAGCGCGAGAUUGGCGGCAAAUGCAUUCCCUUUGACGACCUGGUCCGCAUCUCGGAGGCUGUUCGCGCCAAGGGCAUCGCUCUGCACAUGGAUGGCGCGCGCCUAUGGGAAGCGGAAGCCAACUACGCGGCCCACGGCCACUCGCUCCACGACGUGACGGCGCUCUUUGACUCGGUGUACGUCUCGUUCUACAAGGGUCUCGGUGCCAUCACGGGUGCCAUGCUCCUCGGCUCGAAUGACUUCAUCGACGCGUCGAAAGUGUGGCUCCGGCGCUUUGGCGGCAACCUCUACUCGCAGCUGCCGUACGCUGCGUCGUCGUGGGCCGGGUUCCGCGCGUUCCCUGCGUCCGUGUUUGCCGCGCGUCGGCUGCAGUUGCGAACCGUCGUGGCCGCGGUCUCGGCGGCCGUCCCGUCGCACGUUGUUCCUUUGAUCCGCCCGUGCCAGAAGUUCCGCUCGUGCACGUGCACUUGUUUGGCCACUUGGACGACAUCAAGCGCGCGCAAGAGAUGGCCGAGGCAGCGAGCGGCGUCCGGUGCUUUGUCAUGACACGCCCGUUCCGCACUGGCGCCGGCAUCGUCGUCACCAACCGCUACUACUUUGAAAUGAACAUGGGCGUGUGGAACCUCUCGAUCCCCGUCGAGACGUGGGUGAAGGGCUGGACGGCGUUUGCGGCAGCGAUGGCCGACGUCACGGCGGUCCACUCGUAGAUCGAGAUCGAUUCGUCGUCGUCGUCGUCGUACCAGUAUGCGAAGCAUAUCCCCUUGGCAAAUACC